CGAAUCUCAAAAUUAAAUUAGAAAAAUGUUCUUUUGCUCUGCAUGAAUUAGAAUAUUUAAGACAUAUCGUAGGAAGCAAUGGUAUCAAACCAGAUUCUAAAAAGUUACAAACUAUGAAGAAUCUACCUAUGCCUAAAACACCAAAAGAAGUUAGAAUAGCUUUAGGAUUAUUUUCUUAUUACAGGCAUUUUAUUCAAAACUUUGCAAAAAUCGCAGGACCUUUGCAUGAUUUAACUAAAAAGAAUAAAGAAUGGAAUUGGACUAAUCAACAUCAAGAUUCGUUUAAUACUUUAAAACAAAAAUUAAUGGAAGCUCCUGUCCUAGCCCAACCUGAUCUUAGAAAAGUUUUUAUACUACAAACAGAUGCUUCUGAUAAAGGAUUAGGUGCCGUUUUUACUCAAAAGGAUGAUCAAGAUGCUGAACAUCCAAUCACUUUUGCUAGUAAAAAACUAUCUGACUUAGAAUUAAAAUAUACUACUACAGAAAAAGAAUGUUUAGCU